AUGUCGUCCAAGCCAGCGACGACCACGGCGACGGGUGGAUCGCGCCUCAAAGCGCCGACGAGCGGACUCCGCAAGCCGACCGCCUCAGCGACCCCACCAACAGCCGCCGCCGCCGCCCCAAGCGCGACUACUGCUGCUCAUACAUCAAGUCCUGCUGCUGCUGCUGCUGUGGCAUCGACGGAUGAAGACACGGCCGCUGCUGCAGCGGUGGAGGAUCAGCAAACGCGCGAUCUCAGUUUGGCGCCUGAUUCUGAUUCUGCCGCUGCGUCGGACGAUGCACCGCGCACAGCUGGCGAUCUGCCACCCACACCCACGACCACGACCACGACUACGACCACGACCACGGGUGGCGCGGCGGCGGCGGCGGAGGAGGGCGACUCGACCGCCUGGAUUAUGGGCGAGCGCGUCUCGGUCAAUGGCAAGCUCGGCGUUCUGCGCUUUGUGGGCACGCUGCCAAUCAAGCCGGGCACCUGGGCUGGUGUCGAGCUCGACGAGCCGCAGGGCAAGAACGACGGAACCAUCUCGGGCACGCGGAUCUUUGAGUGCCGCGGCAUGAACUAUGGCUUGUUUGCUCCUGCCACGGGCAUUGUGCGCCUCAGCGGGAUGCCUCUGCCAGCCUCAGUCACGGGCUCAACCACCACGUCCACACCAGCGACGGCGACGACGACGGCGACGACGACGACAUCGACAUCGGGUGCUGCGCCUGCGGCUACCGGUGGUCGUGCACCUGCCGUUCCCGCUUCUCCUGCUCGAAACAAUGCUGCUUCAGCUGCUGCUGCUGCUGCUGCGUCUCCCGCUCGAUCGCGUGCGGCAGCCACUUCCACACCAGCGGCCACUCCAGCACGAGGCGGAUCGGCCCCUGCUGCGACUCCCGCUCGGUCUACCGCACCGCCAGCAGGGCACGCUGCGGCGGUCGAUCAUGUCGGCCAGCGCGUCCAUGUUAAUACGGCCACUGGCAUCAAGUUUGGCACCCUGCGUUUCUUUGGCGCGACCAAGUUUGCGGAAGGCACCUGGGCUGGCAUCGAACUCGAUACCCCGACUGGCAAGAACGACGGUGAGGUCUUGGGCGUGCGCUACUUUACCUGCGCGCCCAACUUUGGCCUGUUUGCUCCCCCGCAGAAGGUAACUGCCAUUCUCCCAUCUGCGCCCGGAGGUACUGCACCAGCCGCUGCUGCCGCACCAACGCCUUCGCGCGGCAGCGCAGCCGUGCCCGCUUCGCCGGCUCGCACUUCGACCACUGCCUCUGCGGCAUCGUCUGGUCGAUCGACGCCCGCUCGCUCCGUGACACCCACCAGCGCCACGCUGGCCAAUCUGGACGCCACAGUGUCUCGUGUGGAUGCGACCGUCGAGCAGGUCGCCCGUGAAAAGAAGCAAAUGCAAGCCGACAAUGCCCGCCUCCAGACCGAGCUGUCCGAGCUGCAAUCCAAGUACGCCCAGCUCCAAGAGGCGCACGAAAGUGCCAAGCAAGCCCAUGAAGCAGCGCUCGUUCAAGCAGCAGAAACCGCUUCUGCCAAGGCAGCUACUGCCCCCGCGCCGUCGGCCGCCGAGACGACCGAGCCUCCAGGCUCGCCAACACUGCUCCUGCUGGACUCGGCCUCCUCGCACGACGAUGCGUCACAGCAGUUGCGCGACCGUAUCGACGAACUCGAGUUUCGCAUUGCGGACAUGGAGCAAGAGCUGUCUGCCACUCAUGCCAACGCCAUGCGCGCCGAAAAGAAGGUUGAGGAGUUUGAGCAGCGCAAGCAGGACGAAGUUCAGGCCCUGACUGCACGGCUCACCGCCGCGGCGCAAGAACAGAGCGGCACCCUGACCGCCGCCUUGCAACAGGCCCAAGUCGAGUCUGCAAGUGCCGUUGCUCGGAUGGAGCAGCAAAUUGCGGAAAACAACGCCUCCAUGGACGCGUUGAAGCAGCAGCUGGAAGCCAAAUCGGCCGAACUGGCAACUGUUCAAGCAGCUUCGGCCUUAGGCGCCACGACUCAGGAGGAACUGGGUGCCCGUUUGGCGCAUCUCCAGGGCGAACUCGAGCUGGCCACUUCUAGCAAGGCAGCGCUGGCUGACCAGCUCGCUGCUGCUUCCACUCGCGCAGAAUCACUGGCGACCAACGCCGAAAAGGCCCAGCAAGAACUCGAUGCGCUUCAGUCUCGCCACGCGACACAAAUCGAGCAACUCGAGGCCCAGGUUGCGGCAGCUGCAGGCACGACCACCUCUUUGGAAGGCAAGCUCGAAGCUGCAACGACUGACCUGACGGAGGCUCACCAGCGUCUGCACACCCUUGAAGCCAAACUCGCCGCCGAGACUGCUCACGCCCACGAGCUUGCCAUGGCCACGGGAGGCCAGACUCAAGCUCUGGUCGCUGAACUCGACGAACUUCGUGCCAAGCUAGACGAGCAAACGUCCGCGGUGAGCGACCGCGACACGCAACUGGCCAAACUCGAGGCCGCCAAUGCCGAGACGUCGCAAGCUGGAGCAGCGCGCAUCGCCGAGCUCCAAGCCGAGCUGACGGCAACGCAGCAGGCCCACGCUGCAGCGGCCGCCGACCUCACCGCAUUCCAAAGCCAGGCUUCCUCCCAAGCUCAGGCACAAGAAGGCGAGCUCGCUGCUGCGGUGGAGGCACGCAAGGCAGUCCAGGCUGCUUUGGUUGCGGCGCAGUCGACUCUCGCCGAGCAAGCAGCCACGACCGCCAGCAAAGAUGCCGCGACGACAGCUGCUCUUGAAGCCAAGGACGCUGAAAUUGCCAAGCUGGCCGCCAGUAUCGCCGAGAAGGAGUCGACUAUUGCCUCGCAGCAGGCUUCCUUGUCGGACCAAGGCUCGGCUACUGCCGCCAAGGAGGACGCUCUGAAUGAACAGCUGCGUGUGCGCUCUGAGGCCGAGGCGGCAGUGACGGCAAAGCUCGCAGCGGCGGAAGAGAAGCUUGCCGCCGCGGAUGCUUCGCUUGCUGCUCUGCAGCAGUCUGACGUUCAAAAAGACGCAGAGCUUGCGCAGCUGAAGGCAGAGUUGAGCGAGCUGCAAGGCAAAGAGGCUGCAUCGAUCGACGCAACGCAGAAGCUGACCGCUCAAGUCGCUGCUCUCCAAGCCGAUUUGCAGACACAGCAAGCUGAGGCAUCCAGUGAGCUUGCCGCCCUCAAAGCAACGCACGAAAAGACUGUGCAGCAUCUUCACACCGAGCGCACCCACGCCAGCGAAGAGCUUCAUGCAAAGAACGCCACCAUUGCCUCGCUCACCGAAGAGCUCGAAACCAAUGUCAACCUCGCUCGCGAAGAGGCCGACCAUCGGCUGCAGCGUCUUGCUGCGGAGAAGGAUGCCCAUUGGCAAGCCGAGCUCGAGGCUGCCAAAGCUGAAGCUGCGACAGUCCUCGCAACCGCGGUGGCCGACGCCAAGCGAGAUGCUGCCCAAGCCGGUGACGACUCGCUUUCUGCGGCACUUGCAGAGCAGAAAGAGCAGGCUGCUGGCGUUGAAAAGCAGCUGCAGGAUCGCAUUCGUGUGCUGGAGGAUGAAAAGGACUUUUUGACCGUCAACGGCACCUCGGCAGCCCAAGCAGCCGACACCUUGCGUUCCGAGCGCGAUGACCUGCAAACCAAGCAUGACGCGCUCCAAUCUCAACUCGAUGCUCUCCAAACCCAGCUUGAUGACCAGCUGAUGGAGGCGCAAGCAGUUGCCGCUGCCAAGGGCAUCGCUGACAAGCAACUCGCCGAGGCGACGGCAACGUUGGCUGCCGAACGCACCAGCGCCGCUUCGGCCCUGGCACAGGCUCAGCAAGCAGCGCAAGAGGCGUCUGCGGCGCUGGAGCUCAAGACGACUUCGCUCCAAACGGCCCUCGACCAAGCGCAGGCCGAUGCCGCCAGCGCGCAGGAGCAACAUCAAGCUGCUCUCGCUCAGCAAGCCGCCAAGGCGGCCGAGCAGGCUGCUUCUACCGCUAGCGAGCUGGAGCAACUUCGUGAGCACUUGACAACGAGUGAGACCGCGCUCGCUGCAGCAGUCGCUCGUGCUGAACAGACAAGCGUAUCGCACGGUGCGGAAGUCCAACAGCUGCACGAGCAGAUGGACCGUUCUGUCAAAGAAGCAAGCCAGCUCUUCCAAGCAGAAACCACCCGCCACAACGAGGAAGUUGCUCGUCUCGGUGAGCAAAUUGCCACGCUUCAUCGCGAGAAGGAUGACAUGUCGCGCCAGACCGGCGACGCUUCCGGCAUGGUUGAGAAAAUGCGGGAGCAACUUGCCGAGCGGGAUGGCACUCUUGCCACGCUUCAGGCGGAAUUGCGCGAUGCCCAUGCCAAAAGUGCCUCGCUGUCCGCGACCUCGACUUCGUUGGCGGAUCAAGUACAGCAGCUCGAACGUGCCCGAUCGGACGAGCUUGCUGCCAGCACUGCCGCGCGCGCCGCAGCGGAAGCGUCUGCUCAAGAAGCCGCGACUACCAUUGCAACACUCAAGGCGCAACUGGACAAGAGCUCUACUGACUCUGCUGCGCUCCAGACCCAGCUGGCCGAACUGUCCGAAGCGGCCAAGGUGCAUCAGAGCGAGAGCAGCCAAGCUUCGCAAGCGUCCACUGCCCAGCUGGCCGCCCUGCAGGCAUCGUUGGGCGGUCAACUCGAGCAAGCGCAACGCGAUCAAGAGCAGCUCAAGGUGGCGCUGACUACUUCCGAGCAGGCCAAACAGGACCUGGUCGCUGAACUCAAGGCCCUGUCGGAAAAGCUGGACAAGGCACUGGCCAAUGUCGAUCGACUGGAGGCUGAUCGUGCCGCCGUCUCGGGCGACCAUUCACAGCUUCAGAACACCCUCAGCAAGCUGCAAGAGGCGCUUCACGAGGCUCAGACGCAGCGGGAUGCCGCGCGUCAAGAGGCGACCACGGCACAAACCGCUCUUGCCGAUACCCAGUCCAAGCUCACAGCGACGGCCACGGAGCAGCAGACCACGGCGGCUACGCUCCAAGCUGCUCUGUCAGAGAGCGAGCAACUCAAGGCGGAGGUGGCCACCUUGCGCAUUGCGCAUGGAGAUGCAGGAUUGGCACUCUCGGCGGCAGCAGAGCAAGCGUCGGCUGUCGUGCGUGAAAAGGAGGCGCUUGAGCAGGAGCUGGCCGCGCGUCAACGCACCUGCGAUGAGUUCUCUGCGAAACUUGCCAGUCAAGAAGACGACCACAAACAGCUAUCUCAAAAGCACACCGAGACGACUGAGCGCUAUGAACAACAGCUGCAAGCGGCUCUGGCUGCACACGCCUCGGUUGAGCAGGCGCGCGUGGACGCAACGACUGCUUGCGAGACCGCCCGCGCUGCGCACUCUGCCAGCGAGGCUCAGCUUGCUGCAAUCCGUGACGAGUUUGACCGCGAGCGACAGAAGGGUGCUUCCACUGCAUCCAGCAGCUCGUCUCAAAUCGCCGAACUCACUGCGCGCAUCGAGGAACUGCAGCGAGACCUGUCUGCAAAUACCACUCAGACUGCGGACGCCAACCAGCAACUGAAGGCUGCUCACGAACGUCUGGAGCAAGCCGGCGUGGCGCAUCAACAGGCACUCGCAGACUCUGAAAAGCAAGCCGCCGCAACGCUGCAGCAGGUGCGCGAGUCCAGCGCCGCAGAGAUUGCCAAGCUGUCUGCCAGCUUGGCUGACGCUAGCAAGACGGAUGCCGCCCUGCGCGAGUCCCUUGAAGCCGCGCAGCAGGCGGACUUUGCUGCUCGCGAGAAGGCGAGCAUUCAAGCUCGUCAGCUGCAGGCUGCAGCGCUGACUGCCACCCAGCAACUUGAGGUCAAGGACAAGCAGCUUUUGGAAUUGGCGCAGGACAAGCAGUCGCUCGAGACCCAGCUGGCCACCGAGCGGUCGCGCCUCGAAGAGGUCACGACCCAGGCGCAGGCCUCUGCAGGCACCGCGUCGCAGCAGCACGCGGAACGCAUGGCUGAACUGACAACCAAGCUGCAAGUUGCGCAAACCGCGCAGGAGCACUUCCAGGAAGAAUCCGAGCAGCUUCGCAAGACGCUGGGACAACAGCUGGCAACAGCCACCGCAGCGCUCGAGCAGCAGACCCAAAGCGCCGAGUCGCAGCGCGUGGCUCUGGUGGCCGAACGGGAUGCUUUGCAGACAGACCUGCAAGCAUCUCGCACAGAGAAGGCGCGCGAGGUGAGCAAGUUGGAAGAUUUGCUCGCGGCAGCCCAGAACGAGCUCAAGGCAGCACUGGCCGAGCACGAGCGCACGGCUGCCGCUAGCAUCACCCAGAUGCAAGAGGACAUGCGCGAGCUGAACGCGCAAGUCGACACGCUUGGCACGGAAAAGGACGAAUUGACCGCCCAGCUCGCUGCCAUCAACGCCACUUCGGCGCGGCAGGUGGCCGAGGCCAAGGCGCAGUUCGAGGCUGACAAGCUCGAGUUGCAGGCGACCGCCGAGCGCCAACGCUCUGGCCUGCUCUCUGGUCUCCAGAAUGAACUUGAUUCUGCCGUGCGCAAGCAGCACGAUGUCGAGACCAAAUUGGAGUCGGCCCAGCGCGAUCUCACCGCGGCCAAGAACGACGUCGCUGCCGCAAAGCAGCGCGAGCAGGCCCUCUUGGAGCAACUGAAGGUUGCUCAGUCGCAGGGAACUGACGGCUCAAAGCCGGCGCAAGCGGGCGGGGCAGACGUCACCUUCCUGAACGGCGUUAUCGCCAACCAGCAAGCCAAGUUUGACGAGAUGGAGAAAAAGUACACCGAUCUCAAGCACGAGUACGACCAGCUCUUUAUCGACAACCCCUUGCUCUUGAUCGAGGCCAAGAGCAACGGCAACAGUGGCAGCGCGGUCGUCUCGUCUCGCAUGUUCUGCGUGAUUUGUGACGAGUUUGAUUUGCACAACACCGAUGACUGCCCCGACAACACAAACCGCCACCCCGAACCCGUUGCCGUCAAGGCGGCCCCUGCCGCGGAGCGACCCUAUUGCGACACGUGUGGAAGCUUUGGCCAUACGGCGCAAGAGUGCACGAACGAGGACGAAACCUUCUAAAAAACAAAUGUCGGCUUUGAAUCUCCCUUGAACUUUGAAAAUAUAUUGUUUAAUCACAUCCAUUCACA